AUGGGUCUCACUACACCUGCCAUCAUUGUGAUCGUGCUGGUCGGCUGCCUAGCCAUCACUGCUCUCGGCGCCGCCCUCUUCCGCCACUACCGACCGCUCGAAGAAGAAGCGCGAUACAGUGCCUCCUACGAGCAAGGACAAUACAUGCGUACAGUGCGAAUGCGCAACUAUGGCCACUUAAAGCAAGAAUCGCUAGGCGCAGUAAAGGAUCUUGAGUCACGAUAUACUGCAGACGAGGUUUCGAGCCACUACAACCCCCACCAAUACACACCUCACGCGCCGCAAGAGUAA